AUGGACUCGUCUCAGGGUCUCAGAGAGCUAGAGGAAGAUAGGAACUCAGGAAGAGGUGUCUCAGAACCAGAGGAAGUCAGAAACACAACCUUGGCUUCAACUCCAGCAUCUGCUCCUCUGAAACCACUUGUUCCUAAAGUUGCAACUCCAACAUCUGCUCCUGUGAAACUACCAACUCCCAAGGUUCUGCCACCAAAAUCCGCUCCACUGAAAUCACCAAUUCCAAUUCCCCCAAAACAUGCUCCUGCAAAAUUACCUGUUCCCAAGGUUACACCGGCGCGAAGCCCGAAACCCCCAGCUCCAAAACCACCACCAGUACCCCACAAAAAAGCACCAGUUGCUCCCCCACCAUUGCCACUAGCACCACCUGUAUCUCCACCACCAUUGCCACCACCACCAGCUGCAACACCACUAUUGCCACCUCCAAAGGUAUCCCCAACACCUGCUGAAGCGCCAAAAGCACCAGCACCAGCCAAAGAAACACCAACACCUACACCAGCACCUAAACACAAAAAGAAAGCACCAAUAGCAUCACCUGUUCCUUCACCACUAAGUUACUCACCAUCACCUGCACCGUCGCCUUUAACAGAGACACCAUCACCGGCUCCAUCACCCGAAGAUGACACGCCAGAGCCACCUCCACAUAAACACAAGAGAAGAAAACACAAGCAGCACAAGCACAAGAAACAUCACCCACUGUCUCUAGCUCCGGAACCAACAUCCUUUGUUCACAGAAGUCCCCCAGCGCCACUUACUGAUGAUGCUCCUACAGCAGAUUCAGAAGAGACACCAUAACCAGCACCAAGUCCCAAUGAGGUAAUUAAUAUCUUUCAC